GUGGAGGUAUCUUCAAUGCGGAGUAUCUUCACGGCUAUCCUGACCAUAGACACAGUGACUAUCAAGGACCUCCAGUCAGAGUUCAAGUGUGUUGCCAGCAACGACCAGAAAUUGAUUCAUGCAGUGGUGACUCUCAAACCAAGAUGUUAGUGCACACACACUUACACAAACAUCACUCAGACACACAUCCACAUGUCACACAAACAAAAUCACACAUAUACACUCUGUAACUUUCUUGGUGUUGUGUCCUCCAUGUCUUCCCCCAACAGGGUUUAUAUUUAUGGGUCUACGUGUGGCAUUGCUGCUCUUCUUCUUGCUAGCUGCUGUAGCCGUCAAAGUGUUUGACAUCGAUCUGGCUCUCCUCUUCCGUGGAGUUUUCAAAUGCUAUGAUCGAUCUGAGGAUGGGAAGGUCUAUGAUGCUUACAUUGUCUACCAAAUGGAUGGCAUAGACAAAGACAUGGACGAGAAAGUGUUUCACUUCGUGAGCAGCGUUCUGCCGACUGUCCUGGAGCAGAAGUGUGGCUUUAGACUCUUCAUCCACGGCAGAGACGACCUACCUGGAGAAGACCGCAUGGAGUUGGUGGAGGCCUGCAUGCGGCUGAGCAGGAGGCUGAUUGUCAUCCUGACCCCCAGCUCAAGCUCAAGGUCAGGCUCAGGAGGUCAAGGGUCAUGGGGCCAGUGGGGCUACUCGUCAUCGUUGACCUCAGCGGAGGACUAUGACUGUCAGGUGGGGCUCCACCAGGCUCUGGUCCACAGUGAGAUGAGCGUCAUACUCAUCCAGCUGGGAGACAUGGGGGAGGGGGGCUACACACACCUGUCCCCCGGCCUGCAGCACCUGGUCCGCAAGAGUGCCCCCUUAAUGUGGCAGGAGGGAAAGCGUGGGUCGACGCUGCCCAACUCAAGCUUCUGGAAGAGGGUGCGUUACAUGAUGCCUUGGCCGCGCCACUCAACUAGUUUUGACAACCGGUUAAUAUGACUCUUCUAUGUGAACGAUCAGAAGGUCUGAGGACUUGAAGUGCGGUUGGAGGUCUGGGAUUCUGUUAUAGAAGAGAACACCCCAGGUUGUCUCUGAAAAUCCUUAUUCCAGUCAUAGAAAUAUAAUGAAUGAUUCCAGUGCUGUGCAGAGAUAUACACAGGUUAGCUGAGAACGUCACAAAAACGAUGUGUACGCUUCAAUGUGGCAGAAGGCCGUGUGUUGUUUUGAUUCUGGAUGGCUAGCAACAAUGAAAAGAAACUGCCAUGUGGGGAAUUGUAAAUGACUAAUUUCAGCAAGUGUUAUCUUGUUCUUUAUUUUUAUUUUAUAUAUAUAUAUAUAUAUAUAUAUA